CGCACGCCCUGCCGAUGUUCAAGCAGGACCGGCGAAAGUCGAAGUUCGUGCAGAUGAUCAAGGACCGGAAGGACCCGGUGAAGAGCCACCAGCCGGAGCUGCCGGUGACGGGGGCGGGAGCGGGUGGGCGGCUGGCCUCUGCCGGCAAGACCUUUGCCUCCUUUAUUGCGAAGAACCUCGGCGUGAAGGCGAAGAUUGGCGACGACGGGGAGGACCCGCGGGCGGCGCUGCUGAAGCACGCGAAGGAGGCGGCGGAGAAUCCGUACUGGGUGACGCCCGCCUACACCGCCACACAGCCGAAAGCGAUCUUCAGCGACGCGGCCACGCUGGCGGCGAUGGACAAGGGGGCGAAAGGAGGAGGGGACGAUGAUGAGGAGGAGCAGUACGAGGUGGACGAGGAGGGCGUCAGGAAGCGACGCAAACAUGUGCCCAUCUGA